AUGACGCAGGGAUCCUUUGAUAUCGACUUUAUUGCAAUCAAUCAAAUUGCAUAUACUUUUAAUAAGCUCGUGCAUAGCAACAAUAAGGAUGUUUAUCGAGACCAACUAGUUGCCAAAGCGAAGGAGACCCUCAAACUAAUGGACCAAUACCAAGCGAUACACCCGUCUUUUAGUUCAUUGACUUCAUAUUUAUCGUCACAAGGUAUUGCUGAUGCAGAACAUCUUUACAAUGACUCUUGGGCUGCAAGAGUGACAACGUACUCGGAGUCGUUUAUGUUGGAAUUGGCCGACGAAAUUAAAGGAAUACAUGAAAGCUAUAGCAGUGCAUUAAGUCAGGAACAAGCAUCGGCGCUUUUUGACAAGGUUAGGAAAGGAGUCAUUUCACGAAUCAUUAAAACAGAGUAUCUGGAUGCACUUCGCUUACUUGAUAAAUUUGCUUCUGUAGUUGAGUUUUCAAACCAACCACGCGGAAAGGACCAUUUCCAGAUGAAUCGAUUUGUUGAGUUUCUCUUUUUGAAGUACGUGGCUACAAUAUUUAGUCUUGUUUGGUUUCCAUUGGAUGAUAACAAGUACAAAGUAGCAUCAGGUGUCUACUUGAAAGAAGGGGACAAGCUAUUAUAUUCUAGUUCCUCUUUCAAACCCUUGGACAAGAUCUACAUCCUGAUAACGACUUAUCAGCGAAAGAAUGAAAGUUUAUUUGAAGAACAAAAUGAUGAAACACGCUACUAUUGGAUUGUUAAGUUUCUAAAUUUGAGUCUUUUGUUCAAGCAAAUGGACUUUGUGCAGUUCCACAAUGAGUUUACAGAAUUAUUUAUAAACCAGAAGGAGGCAUUGCAAAAUUUGGUUCAGGACACUUCCUUGAUCAAAAGCAAUUUACUUGUAAUGUACGGCAUAGUAUCGAUAUUUAUGAAGCCGUUCAAUCAAUUGAGCUUGCUUAAUAUUGAAAAUGAUGACUUUGUCGAGUUGUACUAUGAAGAUCCCACAGACAUUGAGUUUAAAUUUUAUAAUAAAAUAGUAAAACCUUUAGGUGAUGGUGACAAUCAUGAGGUAAAGAAAGCAUUUGCCGAUGACAACUUUAUGCAUGAGCUUGUCUCGUAUUUGGAAUACAAUUUGCCAGUGUCAACAUCGAAACUUGCUGCCACAACGUGUUCAUUUAUUGAAUAUUUAAAAGUGAUUAUUGAUAGUAAACUAUUUCUUGUGAUUAUGUCAAGCACUGCCAAUAUUACUAGACGGAAUAUGCUUCGACAUCUUGGCUACAGUUUAGAGCUGACGAACGAACUGGAACUUCACGAAGUGUCGAACCAUUUACUUGGGUUAAUCUCGGCUUUAGGGUUGGGUCAAAUUGGUAUUGGAUACCUUGUAAAAGAGCAGGUAUUUUAUAAUAAUGGCCCACCUACUACAAUCGAAGAAAUUGGCCAAGUGCAAGAUAGUAUUGACCAAACAAGACACCAAUUGCACGGCGACUCGUUAGCUGGACUAAUGACUAGUUUGCUUAUUGAAAGGCUUUAUAAUUAG